AUGUGGCAGCACUGCGGCGCUUUCUCGCCUGAUCGGAGGAAGAGUAAAUGCGCGGCGGAGCGCGGCAACACCGCGCUGCGAGCAACGGCCGCACGGAGCUGCGGGGUGGACAACUGGGCUAACCAGCGUCGCACCCCGCUGCACUGCGCGGCCGCCAACGGGCACUCGGCGCACGGUGGCGCGCCUGCGCGGCGACGUCCGGGGCGCCACCGCCGUCGCCCUCGCCGCCCGAGGAGGCCACGCGCAGGCGCGUCCGGUGGACACACAGAGGACGUCGACGGAAGGACGCCCCCUCUCGCACGCCGUCAGGGGAACUUCUCCGCUGCGGGGGCUGACGUAACGCGACAGCAAGGGCGAAGACACUCCACUCAUGUAUGGUUUAAAAUACGGAAGCCCCGAGAUAGUGACAUGUUCUGGAGAACGCGAGCAGACGUGAACGCGACUGCCGAGGGCGAAGACACUCCACUCAUCUUUGCUUUAAAACACGAGAAAGGAGCCGAUGCUAACGUGAUUGCCAAGGACGGUGACCCUCCUCUGCUGAUCGCCACCAAACUCGGUAGAAGCGCCAUCGUAACUUGGCCUCUUGGAGAAGGGCGCCGACACUUCGCUCCUGAGCGCCACCAAGCAAGGAACGCAGAACUAGUGCAUGUCUUGGACGAGAUAGGACGCUCCCUGCGAGUGGCUGCUAGCGCGGAGGUGGUGUGGAUCUUGGCUGACGCGGGUCGUGACGUGGUGCUGGAGGAAGCAGGGAUGGAGGCUUUAGUUGCUUCAGCGGCGGACGGACGCCAGGAAACGCUUCAGGCGCUGUUGCAGCUAGGCGUCAACGCCAAUGCGACCUACGCGAAUGAUGGAUGGACCGUAUUACACGUAGCUGCUUGGAGAGGCCACACCUCGUGCGUGAGCAUGCUGUUGAAGGCCGGCGCCCUAGUGAAUGUGAAGGACGAAUGCGGCCAAACUGCUCUGCAUGUAGCCGCAGAUAACGGGAAAAGUGAGUGUGUCGUCGUGCUGCUGGAGAGCGGCGCGGACGCGAACUCACCAGGAAAAGAUGGUUACACUGCUGUGGAUUUGGCAAGACAAAACAAUCAUCAAGAUUGCGUGCUCGAGAUCGAGCGGCGAUUAGUCUAG